AAAAGAGAUAUAUUUCUUGUAUUUUUUUUUCUUUUUUUUCUACAUCUUCUUUUUCUUUAUCUUUCUUUUUUUUUUAUCACCAACAACAAUUAUGGAUAGAUUGCCGUUUGAAGUAUUGUUGCAAGUGUUUGAAUAUUUACCAAUUUCAACGUUUAAAUCCUUGUAUGGGGUAUUUCCACAAGGGAUAGUGGAUGAAGCACUUGUUUACAAACUUCGAAACAAUGGAAGACAGGCGGUUGUUCAGUUGAUAUCCACGAAUCUUCAUGAACUUUCUACCAAGGUCUUAAACAAGCGGAAUGAGUCAUCCUUAUCCUUAUAUUUUGCCUCCUUUGACUCCUCGCAUCGAUAUAUUUGGACUCUACCUGAUUUUAAUCAUUCGCAGUACUAUUUCAGGGUAAAAGAUGCGUAUGUGUCUCAUGGUAAGCUUGUGCUCAGACAACCCCAUGAUGAUGGAAACAUGUUACAAAAGUCAUUAGGGUCAUUGUGGGAUAUUCGAAAGAGCUUUCCGCCUACCAGAGCAGGCUCUUUUUCAGGUGCUAGUGAAUAUUCUCGCAACAAGUCGCAAGAAUUAAUUAUACAUCAAUCGGGUUGUAUUUUGGAUUCAUGCUUAAUUCCGUCAUCGUUAACAGGGGUAGUUCAUACAACUGCUGAGAAAAAGAAAGGUUUAAAGAGGCCAAAUUUACCUUGUUCAUACCAGAGAAGAGCUCCAUCUACUUGGAGAUCUUCCACCUAUCCAGAUUCCAUAUGCGGGUUUUUUCUGGUGGAACGUUUAGCCAUUAGUAUUCCGACUUUUCUAGAACUCUAUUCCUCUUAAAAACAUCAUAUAAUUGUACAUACACACAUACACACAUAUAUAUAAAAUACGCCCACACAAAGUAAAAAAAAAAUCAAUAAAAAUUGCCUUUCGUAGAUUAUCUAGUCA